AUGGUCGUCACGGACAACACCAGGGAUGAUUAUCUCCACGUUGACCUCGCGCCCUCGUUCGGGGAGCUGAACCAGGAGAGUGUCAAGAUGAUGGACGACGAGCUGAAGAUCAUGAUCUCGGGGACGUUGCAUCUGCUUGCGAAGAUCCCGCCGAGUGAGAGGAUCCCGCCGAGUGAGAGGACGUGGGACAAAGUGAUGUCGACGAUGAUGCAAGCCUCCCUCCUUGAGCCGUCUGACGGCAAGGUCGACCGCGUCGACAAGCUGCUCAAGAAAGGCGUGAACGUAUUCAAGUUUGACGGUUCGCCCGAUGCGGCCAUAGUCAAGGAGGUUCAAGGAUGGUUCAGUAAGCUCAUCUCCGAUGAGGAUGUGCUUCGCAGCACCAAGAUCGACAUCAAUGUCCUGGCGAAGAUCGUGGCCCAGACGGGAGCGACCAUCGACUCCUUUGAGACCCUGUUCUACAAGAACGAGAGUCACGAGAAGACCAUGGUGGACAUCGGAAUCCUGAGGUUCCCUGACAUCUCGCACCCGUACUUCAAGGUCUACCGCAUCAAGCUCGUCGCUUGGUCUCAGUCCGAACGCAUUUUGAUGGUGCAGAACGAUCAGAAUGGCAUCACCGGAGAGUUCAACGCUCGCAACUUCAGGCCGCGCAAAGAGGUCAUCCAGGGACUGACCGAGAAGACUAAGCAGAAGGCCAUCGAAGAGACGGAGUCGCUUUGGGAUUAA